UCCUCCAGCCUCGGCCGUGUGCAGCGUGGGCUCCCGCAGCCAUUGCAGCUCAGAGAGGUCCCAGUCAGAGUGUCACGGCGCAGGCUCGGUGUAGCGCAGCCGCUCUGAGAAUCUUAUGAUCUAUGUUGACAGUUUGGCAACCAUGGAGGAUCAUACUGUUACACAGACGGAUAACCUGACGACCAUUGAAGCGCAUACAGUGGCUCACACUGUGGCUCAUUCUGUAGCCCAACAAGUCCAGCAAGUCCAUGUUGCUACAUACACAGAACACAGUAUGUUAAGUGCUGAUGAAGAUUCUCCAUCCUCUCCAGAAGACACAUCUUACGAUGACUCGGACAUCCUCAACUCUACUGCAGCCGAUGAGAUAACUGCCCAUCUGGCAGCUGCUGGGCCUGUGGGAAUGGCUGCUGCAGCGGCUGUAGCCACAGGGAAAAAGCGCAAGAGGCCUCAUAUCUUCGAGUCCAACCCUUCAAUACGUAAAAGACAGCAAACAAGACUUCUUCGGAAACUGAGAGCAACGUUGGAUGAGUAUACUACCAGAGUAGGGCAGCAAGCCAUUGUCUUGUGCAUUUCUCCUUCCAAACCCAAUCCAGUCUUCAAAGUGUUUGGAGCGGCUCCACUGGAGAAUGUUGUACGCAAGUAUAAGAGUAUGAUCCUGGAGGACCUGGAAACUGCAUUAGCGGAGCAUGCGCCUGUGCAGCAAGACAUCAACUCUGACCUGCCCCCCCUGACUAUAGAUGGCAUUCCGGUAUCUGUGGAUAAGAUGACACAGGCCCAGUUACGAGCAUUCAUUCCAGAGAUGCUGAAGUAUUCUACGGGUCGAGGUAAACCAGGCUGGGGCAAAGAAAGCUGUAAACCUAUCUGGUGGCCCGAUGACAUACCUUGGGCUAAUGUUCGUAGUGAUGUCCGAACCGAAGAACAAAAACAGAGGGUAUCUUGGACACAAGCACUAAGAACGAUAGUAAAGAACUGUUACAAGCAGCACGGAAGGGAAGAUCUGUUAUAUGCGUUUGAGGAUCAGCAGCCACACCACAUGGCAACAGCACAUGGCAUUGCUCACCUUGUGCCAUCACAGACUGUGGUACAGACUAUCAGCAAUCCAGAUGGCACAGUAUCCCUUAUUCAGGUUGGCACAGGUGCUACUGUUGCCACAUUGGCAGAUGCUUCAGAGCUACCGACUACAGUAACUGUUGCACAAGUUAAUUAUUCUACAGUCAGUGAUGGUGAGGUAGAACAAAACUGGGCAACGCUUCAAGGUGGAGAGAUGACCAUUCAGACAACACAAGCAUCUGAAGCCACUCAAGCUGUUGCUUCCCUAGCUGAAGCUGCCGUUGCUGCAUCACAUGACAUGGCACAAGGUGCUACAGUCACCAUGGCACUAAACAGGUCCUGCCACAACAAUUUUUUCGGUCGGACACUAGGUGAAGCAGCGGCUCAUGCAGUAGCCACCUUGGCAGAAGCCACACUUCAGGGAGGAGGGCAGAUCGUUUUGUCAGGAGAAACGGCUGCAGCUGUUGGGGCUUUAACUGGAGUACAAGAUGCCAAUGGUCUAGUUCAGAUCCCUGUCAGUAUGUAUCAGACGGUGGUGACCAGCCUGACGCAGGGUAAUGGACCCGUCCAAGUUGCCAUGGCUCCUGUCACUGCAAGGAUAUCUGAUUCUACAGUUACAGUGGAUGGGCAAGCCGUGGAAGUGGUUACUUUGGAGCAAUGACUGUUACAAGGAGGAAAUGUGUGAUAUAAUUUCCUUUUUCCGCUCGUCUCCCCGGUGUUUUGAGCAGGAGUAUCUAUAGGCAUCCUCUGUUGUUGGGAGACCUGUGCCACUGAAGGGAUCUCCUGUGGACAAGACUCAUUGCCAAGCCUUUAUCCAAAGUUUGUUUUUGCCCAUACACUGGUCUUUUUUUCCAUUAAGCAUUUAAUUUAUUUCAAUAAAACAAGCGUCGCUUACAUCAGUCAGCUUUUUUAACCCCUUAAAGACUCAGUGGGACAUCAAGGGCACUGUGGAAAAGAGAACUGAUAAUGUUUAAGUUAAUGAGCAGCUUCUUGCCAUCAAAGAUAAGACAACACAACGGACGUCCUUGGAAGCAAAGACUCUUGUGGUUUUAAUAUUCUACUUUUGGACUGAAAUGGUAAUAAUGAUUUGGAAGUUCAGGUUUAUCUGUUGCAUUCAUCAUACACUUUAGCAAUUAAGACCUGGACACUUUUUUGGUUAUAAUUUUAGAAAAUUUGUCAUUUUUGUCCUCUUUAGGACAGUGAAAUGUCUGUAAUAAAAGUAACCAGUAAGCAUUUGUAAUGCCACCUUCAUACAUUGCUAACUGCUGAAACUUGUAGAUUAACAACAGAAAGUUGCAAUCUAUCUGCCAGAGCUUGGGUAAAAGGACAUACAGCUAAUAAAAAGUCAUAAUUGUCUACAUUAAUUCUGGCUCCAUAUAAAUUUCA